AUGGGGCGCAGGGUUGUCGCACAUCUCCACGAAGCAGCAUCAGAGCGUUUGAUAAAUGUAUUUGCUGUUUUGCGAGAAGAUGCAAUUGUACGACUCAUUAGAUACGAUAGAUUACUUAUACUUUAUGGCAACAAAUUGUGCCGUAAAUACAAAAAGCAGCACGACGGCGACAUGAUUAGGGCUAAUCUUCGAAUGUUGGGACGGCUUUUAUCUGCAUUAAAAGAAAUUAACAAGAAUAUAAUCGAAUUUGCCACUAUAUACGACCCCAAGUACUAUGACGACGUCAUUUCAGCAAUAAAUAUUGUUAGUCUAUUCAAUGAAAAGACAAACACGUACACUCAUCCAUCAACAGCUUAUAGUUUGGGAUCACUCGUGAAGCAGAUUGGAAAUUUGCUAAUUACAGAUUGCAUAAAGCGUCAUGACGCUAUACAGAAAGCGAAUACGGAAGAUUUUCUCAAGCUAGCUUUCGACGACAUCGGCGUAAGUGUGAACAAAACUGUUGUGGAAUCACAAACUCAACAAAAACGGCGCAAGAAAACUGAGCUCCCAUCUGUCCAAGACAUCAAAAAAUUACUUGCAUACGUGGACAAGAAGAGAAAAUCGGCUUACCAAAUCCUUGAAACUAAGUUUACGUAUGAUGCGUGGUUGGAUUUAGCGCAAACUACCCUCACAUCAGUCCAAGUCUUUAACCGUCGCCGAGCUGGUGAGAUUGAACGAGUUUUCAUCGAAGACUUCGAAAGUUUUGAAGGUAUCAAUGAAGACCACCUUGAAAAGCUAUCAGCUGACUCUCAGGUACUAGCAAGGAAAUAUGUGCGCUUUGUCAUCCGAGGGAAACUCAACCGAACUGUCCCUGUUCUGCUAUCUUCGGAUUUACUGGCAUGCAUUCAGAUGAUGUUGAAGUAUCGGAAUAAAGCCGAAGUACCCUCAGAAAAUCGUUAUGUAUUUGGUAUCCCAGGCUUCGAAAAAAACAGAUAUAAGUAUCUACGGGCUUGUUAUUUACUCCGAAAGUUUGCACAAGAAUCAGGUGCUGAUUUUCCAGCAAAAUUAACCGGAACAAAAUUGAGAAAACAUAUUGCCACGAACUGCAUAAAUCUGAAUUUGUCCGAGAAUGAAGUGAAUGACGUUGCCAACUUCAUGGGACAUGCAGACAAAAUUCACAGAGAACAUUACCGUCAGCCUAUUGUAAGUCGUGAAAUUUUGCGCAUGUCAAAAGUCCUAGAACUGGCACAAGGGUGUGUUGAAGAUGCCGAAGAAUGCACUGACGAUGAGGAAGAGGACAGCGAUAAUAAUCUACUGGAUGAUCACAGGAAAAUCCAAAAGGAGAUCAACACCAAACAACAACCCAUCCAAACCUACGACGCUUCUUGUGAAAUAGAUGACAUUUCUAACAAUCUUGACGCAGAUUCAUUAUCUGAAGUAGAAAAUAAUUUAGCAGCAAAAUACAAGAGGAAGGCAACUUCCAAGACAUCACCAUAUGGUGCAGUUAAAAGCAAGCCCCGAUGGACUCAGGAAGAGAAUGAAGUUGCCCACAAAUUAUUUGGAAAACACAUACUAUCUGCGACUUAUCCAUCACUGAGAACUAUCCGAAAUCUCUGCACUAAUUAUCCGAGUUUGGCAAAACGAUCUCCAUCGGUCAUUAAAACCUGGAUUUCGAAUAAAAUAAAGAAAAAUAAGUUGGAACAGUAA